AUGUCGUCGCCGUACGGCAAGCCAACGCCGCCGAGCGUACACACCAUCGACCCACACAUGCUGUUCGACUCACGACCGAUCUACUCACACGCGGCGACGACCACAGGGGCAUGUCGCAUCGUCGCGACGGCGGGCCAAGUGGGCUGCGACGCCGACCGGGUAUUCCCAUCGGACAUCGAAGAUCAGCUCAGCCUGGCGAUGGAAAACCUCGGGCGAGCUUUAGAAGCGGCCGGUGCGACGGUCACGGAUAUCUUCAAGCUCGUCUACUAUAUCGUGGACUACGACCCAAACAACAGGCGGCACACGAAGCACGUCAAGGCGUUCCUAAACGGCCAUCGACCGCCCACGACGCUCGUGCCAGUCCCGGCACUGGCGGACCCGCAGAUGAAGUUUGAGAUUGAGGCGUACGCCGCGGUCAAGGUACAGCCGUUGAGGGAGGUGGAUGUUGUGGUUGUUGGAGCGGGCUUGAGUGGGUUGAAGGCUGCGUUUGAUGUGCAGAAGGCGGGGUUUUCGUGCGUGGUGGUCGAGGCUAGGGGUAGGGUGGGUGGCAAGACUUGGAGUGUUGAUCCGCUCGGUGAAGGCAGGUUUGUUGAUGUGGGCGCUGCGUGGAUUAAUGAUACAAACCAAGGGAAGAUUUAUGAGUUGGCGAGGUCGCUGGGGUUGGAGAUGGUGGUGCAGAAUACCACGGGCAAGGUUAUUCAGGAAGAUCUCACGGGCGAUUUGGGGUUGUUUGACUAUGGUGGUACCCCUGGGGUAAGUGAUGAAUGUUGA